CCUCUCAGCCACGAUGCGCUUCUCCCUCGCUGUCGCCCCCGCCCUCUUCUUCGGCUUCGCCGCCGCCGCGGUCACCAACGCUGAGAAGCGCGACGUGACGGACCCGACGAACCCGCAGAACCUCAUCAACUGCCCGCCAGGCGGCGGCGCAGACGGCUGCCAUCUCGAGACGACGUGCGACCGCAUCCGUAUCAACUACGGCUACUCUUUCAACGGGCAUUACAUCUGGUACAACUACAACACGGACGACGUCCCCGACGGCAAGCACGUCGACAUCGACAACGAGGGGACUUGCUGAGGGAUUCACGGGGUAGAUGAGACGGACUACGUAUUUAUUGUUCAUGAGCAUGAAGUAUCUAUGACGAACACGCCAUGUCUUUGACGACGUCAACUAGUCCUCUUCGAGUAUUUGAGAGCAAGUAGUGAGCGUCCAAGGGCAGUUCAAAGAAGCCAGAGUCAGACAUAGUCUCGCCAGGCAGAGAAUGGUUUGUUGACUUGGAGAGACAUGAUUAAGCGAAACCGAAUGCAUGCGGAAGCGAGAGUCGGCAAACAGGCUAAGAGUCCAGGUGCGAG